AUGGCUUCCGCUCGGGCUUCCACCCUUCAAUCUUCGGCAACCAACGCGCGCACGCAAGUUAAGGAGGGCUUCCUCGUCAAGCAAGGGCACAUUGUGAAGAACUGGAAGCCCCGCUACUUCGUCUUGAAGAAGGACUACCUCCUCUAUUUCAAGAAUGAGAAGGACACCCAGCCGGCGGGCUGCAUAAAGCUCAAGGACGCCAAGGUGACCUUCCCCAUUCCGCCCAACGUCAACGUGGGAACGUCCGUCAAGCGCGACCACUGCUUCGAACUCUUCUCCUCCGCCGACAACAAGACAUUCUAUCUCGGAGCUAAGGACACAAACGAGGUGGACGAAUGGAUGGAGGUGCUCAACAAAGCCAUCAGCAGCCUGUCGGUCGUGGGCACGCCGUUCAACGUCAAGCACAAGGCGCACAUCACAUACGAACCGGACGCAGGCUUUGUGGGUCUGCCGCCCGCGUGGGGCGCCAUCCUUCGCUCCUCGGGCCUCACGCCGCAGGACAUCGACAGCAAUCCCGACGAGGUCCUCAGCAUUUUGGAAUUCCAGAGCAAGCUGAUCGAAUCGAGCGACAAGGUCCUGCCUCGGUUCUCGACCAACUACACGUCCAGCCAGCUGCUCAAGGCCGGAAUCCCUUCAGGGCGCAGCAAGGACGAUGGUGGAUACACCGUCGCUUCGAAGAUGCGAUCUGGGUCGUUUGACGCGACUCCCCUCUCCCCACCGGCAGACUCAGGAGUGCAGCCCGCCUCCGAGGAGAACGCUUCUCGGGUCGAGUGCAUCCUUGAUCAGUGCUCGACAGGCGUUUGGCGCAGCCGUUCGGCAAAGUGCUUGCCAGGAAGAUGGCAGCGGACGCAGGGGCGGGAGCGUGAUCGUCCCUCCACCCUCGACUCCGCAGGGCAUCGCUGGGCGUCCCUCGCAUGGAACGACGAUCGGCGGGUCGGUGGCGCGCAACACGCAAGUCGGAGGCGGUGGAGUCGCCAGCGCACGGCCGUUGCCGCCGGGCAGGACAGGCAGACGCACGCUUUCCCUGAGAACGGCGAUACGCUGGCACCGCAACUCGGAAGCGCCCCCACCGCGCCUCUGCCGGGCGCCGUGCACCCUCGGCAGCAGACUGUGGCAGGCAUUCAACCACUCUCCACGCCCAUCAGCCGUGCCACGGAAGUGCAGACGCUGCAGGCUCAGGUGAACGCUCUGCAGUUGCCCGAAUACACCACACUCACGGACCUGGUCAACACGGAAGAUCCCCGGCCACUGUACCCGGUAAUGAAGACCAAGAUCGGCAAAGGUGGCUUUGGCGAGGUGUUCCUGUCCACCAAUACGAGAACUGGCGAAAAGGUGGCCAUCAAGAAGAUGCAGAUCAACCGAAAGAACAAGGAGGAGUAUUUGGCCAUGGAGAUUGGCAUCAUGAAGACCUGCCAGAAUCCCAGCAUCGUCCGCUUCAUCGAUAGCUACCGCAUCGAUGACGUCGUUUGGGUGGUAAUGGAGUACUGCGGCGGAGGGUCCUUGCUAGAGAUCGUGGAGAUCUACGACCAGUUCAGGCUCACCGAACGGCAGGUGGCCUUUAUUGCUCGCGAGUGCGUGAAAGCGCUGCACUACGUCCACUCGAUGGGGCGUCUGCACAGAGACAUCAAGAGCAACAACAUUUUGUUGUCGGCCAAGGGCCAGGUCAAAAUCACCGAUUUCGGGUUUGCGGCGCAGCUGACCGAAGAGAAACAGCAAAGGAACACAAUUUUGGGCACGGCCUAUUGGAUGGCUCCGGAGGUGAUCAAGGGAAUCGACUACGGCCCCAAGGUGGACAUCUGGUCGCUGGGCAUCCUCAUCAUGGAGAUGGUCCAGGGCUCGCCGCCUUACCUCAACCUCCCUCCGACCAAGGCGCUGCUGUACAUAACCACGAAGGGAGUGCCGCCGGUGAAGAACGCCGCAACGUGGUCCUCCGAAUUCCACCACUUCCUCAACCGAUGCGUGGAGCGUGACGUCUACGCCCGCGCGACCUCGGAGGAACUCCUGGACCACCCCUGGCUCAAGCAGGCUUGCUCGCCGGAGGAGCUGGUGCCUGCCAUCGUCGAGGCCAAGAAGCAUCGCGACGGAGGUCUGUGCGGAGGGAAGGGCUUGCCCCCGCUGAGGGCCAGCAGCAGCGGCACGAGCAGUGGGCUCAACCAGCCCCUCCUGGACCCCCGUUCCAGAUCGCCGCGAGAAGAGCGACCGGGUCCGCUGCCCCCCACUGCCUUGCCGCCCGCCGCGGCCGGACCCUUGUCUGGUCGCGGGCUCGUUGAUGGAUUCCUCUACCCCGAGGAUGCGGAGGGCCUCGCCCAUGGGCGCUCGGAGCUUAGACGACCGCGCCACCCGACGGUGAAGGGCUUCAUCAAGAAGCAGGGUCUGCCGCUCUCGACCUCGUGGCGGUCGGUCUUCAUCUAUGGCCAGUUCCUCGUGCUGCCCUUCCUCGUGGCCCUCGGUUGGAUCCUGCUGCCCAACAUCAACUACUACUCGUGGGCCGUCAACAGCGGCAUUUACUUCUUCUACUCCUUCCUCAUGUGGCAGACCUGGUUCGAUAUUCUUCUCCCUGGCUGCAGCCAAGUGCAGUGUCAGGUGUUCAACGUGAUGUUCAUUUCGGGCACGGUCGGGUGGUACGCCGUGAUGAAGAUCACCGACAUCGAUCACCAGAAGCUGGCCUACACGCUGGUAGCGCUCUACGGGCUCUUCCUCAAUCUUAUCUGCUUUGCCAUCCACGUGUGGCGAUCCCGCGUCUUCAAGCAGACACCUAAGUGGGAGCCAGCCCCGCUUCCAGCGGUCUACCAGGGCUCGGAUGGCGAUCCAAAGAUCGAUUUGGAGGGCCUGAAGAACUACACCAACUCGCUCAAGAUCGAGGCCGACAAGAAGCGCGGACCCACCUUCCAGGAUCAGCAAAAGACCUACCAGGAGAAGGAUAUGCACUGCUCCCGCUGGUUCUACAACAUCUUCUGCUUCAUCGAGUGGAUAGAUUGGAACCGCAAGCAGGAGUCAUCCACGGCCAACGUGGAGAUCGCGUGGAAGACGCUCGUCUGGGGAUUCAUCUACCGUUCUUUACCGUUGGACGUCUUCAGGAACUCCUUCUUCGGCAUUCUUACGUUGAUCCUCUACCAGCUCGUGCGAGUGAUUAUCCUCAAGGUGCCUCCUCCCUGUCGAUCGAUCGAGCGUGCCCUGGCGGUCCAGAUCAUGUUCUCCAUCAACGACAAGCUGCCCGGCGUCAAGGAACUGAAGUACUUCUCGCAGUUUGCCGUCCCCAUGAUGCUCUACCUCUACUACCGAAACCUCUUCCUUUCCGUCAACCAGUGGUGGGUGGUGAUCGCCGUGUCCGUCGUCGUCUUCCUCACGCAGUUCACGCUCUAUCCCGUGCAAAUGUCCCAGUGGUUCUACGAUCUCCGCUUCGACACCCUCAAGCGCAGGCUUCAGAAACCGAACAAAAAGUGGCUCAACGUGCUGGCCGAGGCCAUUGCCCCUUCGGAGGUCACCUACGAGAACUAUCUCACCAUCCUCACGGUGGAGUACUACUUCGACGAAAUCGCAACCUACACCUCCAUCGCGACGACCUUCAUUCUCUUCCCCAUCAUCCGAUAUUCCUACAACAGCGACGUCUACCCUCUCAUCACGGACCUUUCGGAAGACGAGUUCGAAGGGUUGAUGCUGCGCUUCCUGUUCAUGUUUGCCGCGGAGGCGGGCGGCGACAUGCUCAACAAGAUGAUCAUCUACUUCGUUUAUCGUAUCAACGCGGCCUCGACGGGACGCAACCUCACGAUCCUGAACUAUCGCACGCGGUUCCUGUUUGGCAUCUUCACCGUGUGGCUGGUGGCCUCCACCUACUACUCCAUGGUGCGCCUGGACAAGAUCAUCAGCUAG